CGUUAUGUAGCCGAUGAUGCAUUGUUUCCAGAUGCGAAGCUGUACACCUCCGCUCCGUUAUUCGUAAUAACUUCUAUGGAAAUGUUGUAAAAUAGAAGAACGUUGGAGAUGAAGCAUCGGCUCCUGCAGGGGUGGAUCCAUGUUUUGGUGUGAUUGCCUUUGUGUGAAGAAGGAACUGAAGCUGUGACUGACAGAAUGUCUUGGGGUGAGUUCAUUGAGCUCCGUGAGCUGAGGCUACAUGACCCGAUAGAGCUGACAAGCUGCGAGGUGCCUCGCUCACCACCUCGCUUGGAGCGGGCCAAUGCUCUGCGGAUCAGCACAGGGAAGGUCCCAGAGCUGCUCAGCCGGGUGGGCAUCAUCAGACUGGUGGGGGAUAGCCUGGACCCACUGCUCACAGAUAAGAGGGGAAAGGGACAUGACUUCCAGCCCUGCAGCCAUGCCCAGCCCACCUGGUGUGACCUGUGUGGAGACUUCAUCUGGGGACUGUACAAACAGAGCCUGCGCUGUGCCAAUUGCAGAUUCACGUGUCACUACAGAUGUCGAGCUCUUAUCCAAUUAGAUUGCCGUUUGGAUGGUAGCUCCAUAGUUGGACAAACAUGUGUUAUGGAACACACUAUGAAGACCGAUACAAAUGUGGAUGAACAGGUUGAAUGGGGAAAGCAGCAGGAUCUGUCAGUCACAGAGAUCCAGCAGAAGGUGAAGGAGUACAAUGCUCAAAUCAACAGCAACUUGUUCAUGAACCUGAACAAAGAUGGCUCCUACACUGGCUUCAUAAAGGUCCAGUUCAAGCUGCUACGACCCGUGUCAGUUCCCCCACCAAGAAAGGGUACUGCAACACAGGAUGGUGCAGGCAAGAAGACUGGGGGAGUUAAGCGUCGCACCUCUUUUUACCUGCCCAAGGAUACGUCCAAACACCUACAUAUCAGCUCCCGCACAUGUGCUCGUGAGGUCAUCGAAGCCUUGUUGAAGAAGUUCACCGUGGUGGACAACCCUGGAAAGUUUGCUUUGUUUGAGCGCACAAAGCGCCAUGACCAAGUAUUCCUGCGUAAGCUGCCUGACGACGAGCGUCCACUCCACCUGCGUCUGUGUGCUGGACCCAAUGACAAAGCCCUCAGUUUGGUCUUGAAAGAGAAUGAGACUGGAGAGGUCAACUGGGAUGCCUUCUCUAUGCCAGAGCUCAAGAACUUUGUCCGCAUGUUACAGCGUGAGGAGGAGGAGCAUGUCAAGCAGAUAGUGCAGCGCUACGCACUAGCCCGCACCAGGAUGCAGGAGGCCCAAGCUGCUAGUCCCACCACUGGUGGUUCCACCCCUGGCUGAGAAACUGCUUCCCUACGGGACUACCUGCACCUCUGACUGACAAUCAUCAGAAGAUGACCAGUCACUGCAUCCAAAGAUCCCAGAGAACACAACUCGACACCUCCCUCAAAGGAGGAGAAUGAAAGAGCGAAUGAGAGCGAGCGGGCGCAUGAGAGCGAGCGGCAAGCGCGUGUGAGUGUGAGAGAAUCAGAAGUGCCAUACAACUGGAGAGAGUCUGUUGUGCCUGAGAGAGAAUGAGAGUUGAGAGAGAGUAUGUGAAACUGUGGAUGAUGAGAGACUGGCUUUGUCCAGUACUUCCUCUCAUUAUGGAGGUGCCAUUUGACUAUCCUGGGUAAGCUACCUGACUCGUAAUGUUCAUUACCUGUUAUUCAUGCUGGCAGCGGGGUCCAUAGAUUCUAUUAUUUAUAGCUUUUGGGUAACAAAUCAAUAGGCCUGUUUCUCUCGCUUACUGGCAAGCAAUACAAGGGAAGUCAACCUAUUAGCUCAGACAAAUGUUGAACAAAUUCAGAUACCGUCUGCUUCAGUAUCUCCAGGCCUUAAUGCUAGUCAGAAUAAUAAGUAAUGGACAUUAUGGGCCAGGUACUCCAGGUUUCCAUUUGACCCCAAUGUCUGCCAUAUACCUCCUGCACAUCCAUACUAUGAUGGAUGUUACUCUUUUUUGCUUUCCCUUUAUGAGGCUGAGUGGGAGUGCCCCGUGUGUUGGGAGCACUGUGAUUGUCAAUUGAGAGGACAAUCCCCAGGUCGAUUUAAUUGAUAGGGGAAUUGUCCUGAAACUUUGAACAGGAAGCUGUUGCUUUUUAUGGAACGUUUGUAUUGUCUAUAUUUGUAUGUUCUUUGUGAUGUUCUAAAACUCUGUUAAAACAACAAAAUAAUACAACUGAGAAUUUGUUUCAUAUUAUCAGCAUAUGUCUAUAUCUCUUGAAAUAAUAAUUUGACUGUCCUUGACUAUCCCCUUUUCAAUUUCAACAUUUUUAUGUUACAUAUGUCCAGUGUCAAAUAUUUGUUUAAAUAAUAAUAGAUUUGCACUGUCAACAUUAAACAAGUUCCUUCACAAAAGUAUGUCUCUUGAUAGUGGGGGUAUGCUAUUGGGAUGAUAUUCAUUAGCUAAACAAUGAUAUUUAUGGGAAUUAUUUCCCCACUUGGCAGUAAUGGAUGGGGAGUGAAUGAAUUGGGCAGGAGCUGACUGGAGCUGAGUACCAGCAUCUAAAAUGUUCUACUACUUGAGCUCCUGUUCCUCUUUUAGAAUAUUAGAUCAAAGGUAUUGUGGUGCUCCUGCACUUAAAUGUAUAAAGUACCGGCACCCAAAAUGGAUGCAGGCACCUAUUUCAGUCCAAGUCAAGCACUGUGGAUAGGAGGAGUUAACACAGAGAAAGUCCCUAUUAAUGUCCUUGGGAUGGUGUGCUACUGAUAUAUAUAUAUAUAAAUCACAGUGGUGUGCAGUAAAGGAUGCUGUGUGAAAGACAGAAAUACCUAUGCUCGGUCAAGCAAACAACUAGCUACAUCAUAUUCCUCUCUGUACUGCUAGCUACAUUAUUGCUGUGACUCAUGUGCAAGAUCCAAACCAGUAGAAAACUGACUGGUUGGCCAGCUCAUAUAAUCGUUGCCUAGGAGUUUUCUGUGACAAGGGAUAAUGUCCCACCACU